GUUUCCGAUGAAGUGAAGGAGGCGCUUGAAAAAGGAAGACCGGUCGUCGCGCUGGAAAGCACAAUUAUCACGCACGGCAUGCCGUUUCCGGAGAAUUUAAAGUUGUUGCGCACCCGCAACUAUCGCGUUGAUGCAUGGCGGUGUCAUUUUCUCUGUUUUGCCAUUCGGCCAUCAUCUGGUGCAUGUUGCAUAGGAAUGACGAAGCAACAGCUGCAACAACUGGCUGAAACCGGAGACUCGUGCAAGGUCUCCCUCAGAGACAUCUGCCUGACGUUACACGCAAGGAGAUUCGGCGGAACUACCGUAGCCGCAACGACAUUCAUUGCUCAUAAAGUCGGCAUUAAGGUUUUUGUAACCGGUGGCAUCGGAGGCAUUCACAGAGAUGUCACCGAGAGUAAAUGUCCAAUUCUGGUUGUUUGCUCAGGAAUAAAGACAAUAUUGGACAUUCCAAAGACUUUGGAGUAUUGCGAAACGCUCGGUAUACCUGUGAUUACCUUUGGUCCAACUAAUGAUUUUCCCGGAUUUUGGACUGAAAAGAGCGGAUAUCAUUCUCAGUUUUGCACGGAAAAUCCACAGGAAAUAUCCGAACUUAUGAGUAAGCAUUUCAUGAUUAGUGCUGUUUUGUACCUGUCGCUGCAAAAUGCUGUACUAAACGAAUGCCAUUGCGUGAGAUAUGGGAUCAUCACCGUCCUCUUCAUUGCCUGUAACCGGACUAUAAAUUGGCAGGUCUUUCAGCGUAGAUUAUUAUACAGACUAUUUGUAGUUUUACAACCCGUCUGUUAA